GCCAGCCGUGGGGGUGGAGCUCGGGCUUCUGCUCCUCUCCCCUCCGCCGGCUCCCCGCUCCCCGUCCGGGGGCCCGUGGAGAGCAAAUCCAUGCGCUCGGCCCUCCACUGCGCAGCUGCACUGGGCCCCGCCGGAGCGCGCGAGAAGCAGGCCGGGCCCGGCGGCGUCUCAUGGAUCCCCGAGCCGGCGGAGGAGGCGAGGGCCGCUAGCUCCCCCCGAGGCAGGCAGCUCCGCGGGGCUCAGGUCUGAGGGGGCGGCGGCGGCGGCGGCGGCUCUAGCGCGGGGCUCGGCGGCUACAGCUCCGCCCCCCGCGGCGGUGGUAUGGCCCCUUGGUGGAGCACAAAAGGGUCCCCAGGCUGGCGGUCGGCGCAGCUCCUGUUCCUCGUCUUCUCCUGCUGCGGAAAUGGUGCUCUUGCAGAACAUUCUGAAAAUGUGCAUAUUUCAGGAGUGUCAACUGCUUGUGGAGAUAGUCCAGAACAAAUUAGAACACCAAGUGGGGUAAUCACGAGUCCAGGCUGGCCUUUUGAAUAUCCUGCCAGAAUCAACUGUAGCUGGUAUAUCCAUGCAAACCCAGGGGAAAUCAUCACUAUAAGUUUUCAAGAUUUUGAUGUUCAGGGAUCACGACGAUGCAGUUCGGAUUGGUUAACAAUAGGAACCUACAAGAAUGUGGAAGGUUAUAGAGCAUGUGGCUCCUCCAUUCCAUUACCAUACAUCUCUUCACAAGACCAUGUUUGGAUCAGAUUUCAUUCGGAUGACACUAUCUCUAGGAAAGGCUUCAGACUGGCCUACUUUGCUGGAAAAUCUGAUGAACCAAGAUGUGAUUGUAACCAGUUUCAUUGUGCUAAUGGAAAAUGCAUUCCAGAAACUUGGAAAUGUAAUAACAUGGAUGAAUGUGGAGACAACUCUGAUGAAGAAAUCUGUGCCAUAGCUAAUCCUCCAACAGCUUCUUCCUUUCAACCUUGUGCUUACAACCAGUUUCAAUGUCUUUCUCGCUUCACCAAAGUUUACACCUGCCUUCCAGAAUCUUUAAAAUGUGAUGGAAACAUUGAUUGUCUUGACUUAGGAGAUGAAGUGGACUGUGAUGUGCCAACAUGUGGGCAAUGGUUAAAAUAUUUUUAUGGUACUUUCAAUUCUCCCAAUUACCCAGACUUUUAUCCUCCAGGAAGCAACUGCACCUGGCUAAUAGACACUGGUGAUCAUCGCAAAGUAAUUUUGCGCUUCACUGAUUUUAAACUUGAUGGUGCUGGUUAUGGAGACUAUGUCAAAAUAUAUGAUGGAUUAGAAGAAAAUCCACGCAAGCUUUUGCGUGUGUUAACUGCAUUUGACUCUCAUGCACCCCUUACAGUUGUUUCUUCUUCUGGGCAGAUAAGAGUGCAUUUUUGUGCUGACAAAGUAAACGUUGCAAGAGGAUUUAAUGCUACGUAUCAAGUAGAUGGCUUCUGUUUGCCAUGGGAAAUUCCAUGUGGUGGAAACUGGGGUUGCUACACAGAGCAACAGCGCUGUGAUGGCUAUUGGCAUUGCCCAAAUGGAAGGGAUGAAACCAAUUGCAGCGUGUGCCAAAAAGAAGAGUUUCCCUGCUCUCGAAAUGGUGUUUGCUAUCCUCGUUCAGAUCGCUGCAACUAUCAGAAUCAUUGCCCUAAUGGUUCAGAUGAGAAGAAUUGCUUCUUUUGCCAACCUGGAAAUUUUCACUGUAAAAAUAAUCGCUGUGUGUUUGAGAGCUGGGUAUGUGAUUCUCAAGAUGACUGUGGUGAUGGUAGUGAUGAAGAGAAUUGCCCGGUCAUUGUACCCACCAGAGUAAUAACAGCAGCUGUCAUUGGGAGCCUUAUCUGUGGAUUGCUGCUUGUCAUUGCACUGGGAUGUACUUGUAAGCUGUACUCACUGAGGAUGUUUGAACGAAGAUCAUUUGAAACACAAUUGUCAAGGGUUGAAGCUGAGUUGUUAAGAAGAGAAGCUCCUCCAUCUUAUGGACAGUUAAUUGCUCAAGGCUUAAUUCCACCGGUUGAAGAUUUUCCUGUUUGUUCACCAAACCAGGCUUCAGUUUUGGAAAACCUGAGACUAGCAGUGCGAUCUCAGCUUGGAUUUACCUCAAUCAGACUUCCGAUUGCUGGCAGGUCAAGUAACAUUUGGAAUCGAAUUUUUAAUUUUGCAAGGUCCCGUCAUUCUGGAUCACUGGCAGUAGUCUCAGCAGAUGGAGAUGAUGUUGUUGCUAGUCAGAGUACUAGCAGAGAAGCUGAAAGAAAUAAUACUCACAGAAGUCUAUUUUCAGUUGAAUCUGAUGACACAGACACAGAAAAUGAAAGAAGAGACACAGCAGGAGCAGUUGGUGGUGUUGCUGCCACUUUGCCUCAAAAAAUUCCACCUGCAACAGCAAUAGAAGCAACAGUAGGAGCGUGUGGAAGUUCCUCAGCUCAGAAUACCAGUGGCGGUAAUACAGAUAAUGGAAGAGAAAUGACAAGUGUAGAACCCCCAAGUGCAAGUCCAGCACGCCACCAGCUCACCAGUGCACUAAGUCGUAUGACUCAAGGAUUACGUUGGGUACGCUUUACUUUAGGGAGAUCAAGCUCAGUAAAUCAGAACCAAAGUCCUUUAAGACAGCUUGAUAAUGGUGUAAGUGGAAGAGAUGAAGAUGACGAUGUUGAAAUGUUAAUUCCAGUUUCUGAUGUAGCAUCAGACUUUGAUAUGAAUGACUGUUCAAGACCUCUGCUUGAUCUCUCCUCAGAUCAAAGACAAGGGCUUAGGCAGCCUUACAGUGCAAUGCAUCAUGGAGUAAGGUCAUGUAAACGAGAUGGCCCAUGUGAGCGCUGUGGUAUUGUACACACUGCCCAGAUACCCGACACUUGCUUAGAAGCAGCACUGAAAAAUGAAACUAGUGACGAUGAGGCAUUGUUACUUUGUUAGGUACGGAUUGAAUAGGGGAGAUUGAAUACAAGUUGGAGCAAUAUCAGUCAUUGUUUUGUACUUCAUAGAUAAGAAAGCUAGAUUCUAGUUUUAAAAAGUCCAGGGUAAAAUCAUGUGAUUAACAUGUUUUUGCCUGUGUGGUUGAAUAAACAUUUCUUAUACUGGGUAAUUCUGGACUACUAAAGUAAACGUUUUAAUGACUCGGAAUAAAUGUAUCCAGUAUAAAUGAGUUACUCUUUAAGUAACCAGGGUUCAUCCAGUUAGUUUCAAAUUAGUUUAUCCUGGUACUGUAGUUCACAAUAGAAACAUGGCUACUCAAGACUUACUGACUGCCUGUUUGUUUACUCCAUAUUAACAGGUUAAUUUGUAUAGAAUUUUUCCUUUGGAAAUUGAAUCCAUUGUAUUAUUGCCAACAUACUUGUAACUUAAUAUACUAAAUGCUGGUAAGGAUUGUUAAUGUAAAAAUGUGUAUUUUUCCUUUUGAGGUUUAUAUAACAUUUUGUCUAAAUAUUCUUGAAUUACAUCAUGUGAACUUUUUCAAAGGGAGAGACUUUCACCAUAACAUUUUUUUCUUUCAAAAGUUCAAAAUACAGUGAUGUAUCAAAUUUAGAUAUAAUUAGAUAAACUGAUGGCAAAAGCCCUUUUACAGUCUUUAUAACAUUGGAAUCUGACAUUUAAUAAAUUGCAGUCCAAUAUGGUACAACUCUGUAGGAUAUAAAAUCCCAGGUCAUUCGUUAUCUCAGUUUGAGGACAAAAAAUCAAAUAACUGAAGAUGUUACAAUAUGCAUUCUUAAAAAUAUCUGAUGUAGGUACAUUACUAAACAGGAUACAUUCCAACUAGUAAUAGAUCUUUCCCUAGUAAUAUAGGUAUAAAGCUUAUUUGGAUUCAAGGGAUUUGCACUAAAAUCAUAUUGAGGUCUCUAAUGAGCUUAGUGCACAAGCACUAUCACUUUAAGUACUAUUCUCUAAUAUUGCAAUUGCUAUAUAUUUCCAUGGCUCUUUUCUUGGGGAGUUGCAUUUUGUUACAAUUGAAUUUCCUUGACUAAAUCCCUAUUUAUUCAUUGUAUUUAAAAAAAAAUUGAUUUACUUGGUUUCAGACUGGUUGUUCAAAAAAAAAAAAAAAAAACAAAAAAAAAUCUCUUCAGUAUAUCCAUGUAAUUUUUUUUUUUGGUAAUAUUACAAGUUGGAGCAAAACAGAUCAGUGAAAAAAUUGUUUAUAAUUUCCAAUUUUGUGAUAAGCAGGUAAAUGUGUGGCAACUAGCGUGAUAACAGGAAUCUACAUCUUUUAAAAACAAAAACAAAAAAAAUUGUCUACUGUCUUAUUUAUUCUUUGCCAGUCUGUUUUGAGUAGGCUUAGUGAUUCAGUAUGAAAAAUGUAUUUGUGUGUGACUGUAUGCUAUUUAUUAAAUUUUAAAUACUUUGCUGAAUGUCAUUUUAAAGCAUGUUUAAAGUCUUGUGUAUUUCUGUCAUGUUAUGCUGUCAGGCAGAACUGACUAAAGUUUUAAUAUGUAUCAAAAUUAAAAAGAAUUUUUUUUUAUGUUUUGAGGUACUUUUUAAAGAUAAAAACAA